GUUUCAGACACAAGUCUCCACCCAUAGGGCCUAUCCUAUCUCUCCUUUAUCAUUUAUGCUUGUGUGUAUUCUCUAUAUCAUUUCUAUGUUUCUUUGAUUAGUUUGGGGACAAAACAUAAGAGUGUUUCCAACCCCUCACGCGUCUUCCUGUUAUGAACUUGUGACACUCAUAAUGAGUCGCCGACGUGCAAGAAUUCCGCCUUCCUUUCCUUAUUUAGCUCAGCUGCAGGCCCACAGGCCACGCCCCAUUCUUAGUCUGUCCACACAGAAGACUUGACAACACUGCGAGGCCCCGCCUCUUUGACCAAAUAAGGCCUGGCUGUCCUUUCACGGCGAACAAUCGAUGCGCGUCUCAACCGUUUCCCUUCGUUAUCCCGUUUAUAUAGUACGGCGACUUCCGCCCUUGCCGUUAAAGCAGUGCGAUCAUGGCGGAGCGCGUUCAGCAGCCACCAGCUAAACGGCUCUGCUGCCGACCCGGGUAUAGUACGACGUGUAGACAAGGGCAGCGGUCCGGUGGAACAGUAUGCGGCGGUUCGGGGUCUGCAGGGGGAUCCAGCAAAACCCAGAGCCCCGAAUCGCUCCUGGACAUUGCAGCGCGGAAAGUAGCCGAGAAGUGGCCGUUCCAGCGGGUUGAGGAGCGCUUCGAGCGCAUCCCUGAGCCCGUUCAGCGGCGGAUCGUGUACUGGUCUUUCCCGAGGAGCGAACGGGAAAUCUGCAUGUAUUCCUCGUUCAACACGGGCGGGGAAGAGAGCGCGUCUAGCGGGGAGAACGUGGACGAGACGCGGCUACCGUUCCGACGGGGCAUCGCAUUGCUGGAGAGUGGCUGUGUGGACAACGUAUUACAAGUCGGUUUUCAUCUCAGUGGCACAGUAACAGAACCCGCCACGCCAUCAGAACCCGAGAUGGUGUGCAGCGUAGCCAUUAGCUUCGACCGCUGCAAGAUUACGUCUGUAACAUGUGGCUGCGGAAACAAGGACAUUUUUUACUGCGCCCAUGUGGUGGCGCUUUCCCUGUACCGCGUACGGCGGCCAGAGCAGGUCAAACUUCACCUCCCCAUCUCAGAGACUCUAUUCCAGAUGAACAGGGACCAGCUACAGAAGUUUGUGCAGUAUCUCAUUACCGUCCACCACACGGAGGUUCUGCCCACGGCCCAGAAACUGGCAGAUGAGAUCCUCUCGCAGAACUCUGAGAUUAACCAAGUGCAUGGUGCCCCGGACCCCACAGCAGGGGCCAGUGUGGACGAUGAGAACUGCUGGCAUUUGGAUGAGGAACAGGUCCAGGAACAGGUCAAACUUUUCCUGUCUCAGGGGGGCUACCACGGCUCGGGCAAACAGCUCAAUCUCCUGUUCUCAAAGGUACGGGAGAUGCUGAAGAUGCGUGACUCUAACGGUGCUCGCAUGUUAACGCUGAUAACAGAGCAGUUCAUGGCUGACCCGCGGCUGGCGCUGUGGCGGCAACAGGGAACCACCAUGACGGACAAAUACCGCCAGCUAUGGGAUGAGUUAGGUGCCUUGUGGAUGUGCAUCGUGCUAAACCCCCACUGUAAGCCCGAACAGAAAGCCGCUUGGCUCAGGCAGCUCAAGAAGUGGAACAGUGUGGACGUGUGCCCCUUAGAGGAUGGUAACCACGGCAACGAGCUGCCCAAUUUAACCAAUGCUUUGCCGCAGGGUGCACACGGCAACCAAGAUUUGGGCGCCAGGCCCCACCGGACGGUUUUCACGCGAGCCAUCGAGGCGUGCGAUCUCCACUGGCAAGACAGCCACUUGCAGCACAUAAUCAACGACGACCUCUACACCAACUACUGUUACCAUGACAACACUGAAAAUUCGCUCUUUGACACUCGUGGAUGGCCUCUGUGGCACGAACAUGUCCCAACAGCCUGCGCAAGGGUGGAUGCACUGAGAUCUCAUGGUUACCCACGGGAGGCGCUGCGAUUGGCCAUCGCUAUCGUCAACACUCUGCGCAGACAACAGCAGAAACAGCUGGAACUCUUUCGAAACCACAAGAAAGAUCUACUUCAUAAAGGGGUGACGUCCAUCACUAAUUUAGAAGGAUGGGUGGGCCACCCUCUGGACCCCAUUGGAACACUGUUCAGCACUCUAAUGGAAACAGGCCGUGGGGAUGAAGAUGGUUCACAGGCAGGGUUCCUGGACUUCUCAGCCAGCGCAUUGAGCUCAAGCAAACACAGCGAGCUGCACUUGUUUCCAUCCACGCGACGCUUCCUAGAGGAGGGUGAGUCAUACCUGGCGCUGGCGGUGGAAACAGCCCUGAUGGGACUGGGUCAGCAGAGAAUAAUGCCUGACGGACUGUACGCCCAAGAGAAGGUUUGCCGCAACGAGGAACACCUGAUCGCCAAGCUGCAGGAAGUGGACCUGGACGAUACCCUGGUCAAGAUCUUCCGCAAGCAAGCUGUCUUCCUGUUAGAGGGUGGGCCCUACAGUGGUUUGGGAGAGCUCAUCUAUAGAGAGAGCGUUCCGAUGCACACGUUUGCCAAGUAUGUCUUCACAUGCCUCCUACCUCACGAUGCCGAAUUGGCAUACAAAAUUGCACUGAGAGCAAUGCGGUUACCAGUGUUGGAAUCCAUGGCUCCUUCCAGCGACAUGUCCCGGCCUCACCAUAUAGUGUCCGUCGUCCCCAAUCGUUACCCGCGAUGGUUCACGCUCAGCCACAUCGAGUCGCAGCAGUGCGAGCUGGCCUCCACCAUGCUCACUGCAGCCAAAGGCGACGCACGAAGGCUAGAAACAGUAUUAGAGUCCAUACAGAAGAAUAUUCACUCCUCUUCUCAUAUCUUCAAACUGGCGCAGGAUGCCUUUAAGAUAGCGACGCUCAUGGACAGUCUGCCAGACAUCACUCUGCUGAAAGUCUCCCUGGAGCUGGGUCUUCAGGUAAUGCGUAUGACUCUUUCGACGUUAAACUGGCGGCGGCGAGAGAUGGUACGAUGGUUAGUCACAUGUGCGACAGAAGUUGGGGUUUACGCACUGGACAGCAUCAUGCAGAGCUGGUUCACCCUCUUCACACCCACCGAGGCCACCAGCAUCGUGGCGACCACCGUCAUGUCCAACAGCACCAUCGUACGGCUUCACCUGGACUGCCAUCAACAGGAGAACCUGGCGAGCAGCGCGCGGACGUUAGCGUUGCAGUGCGCUAUGAAGGACCCUCAGAACUGCGCGCUGUCGGCCCUAACGCUCUGCGAGAAGGACCACAUCGCCUUCGAGACGGCCUAUCAAAUCGUGCUGGAUGCGGCCACCACGGGCAUGAGCUACACGCAGCUCUUCACCAUCGCGCGAUACAUGGAGCACCGUGGCUACCCCAUGCGAGCGUACAAACUUGCGACUCUUGCCAUGGCCCAUUUGAACUUGAGCUACAACCAGGACACGCAUCCCGCGAUCAACGACGUGUUGUGGGCGUGCGCGCUCAGCCACUCUUUGGGCAAAAACGAGCUCGCUGCCAUAAUCCCGCUAGUUGUGAAAAGUGUCAAGUGCGCCACCGUGCUGUCGGACAUUUUGCGGCGUUGUACGCUGACCACGCCCGGCAUGGUGGCGCUGCACAGCCGCAGGAACUCUGGGAAAUUGAUGUCAUUGGACAAGGCCCCGUUAAGACAGCUCUUGGACGCCACGAUCGGGGCCUACAUCAACACAACGCACUCGCGGCUAACGCACAUCAGUCCACGGCACUACAGCGAAUUCAUCGAAUUCCUCAGCAAAGCCAGAGAGACUUUUCUCAUGGCGCAUGACGGACACAUUCAAUUCACGCAAUUUAUAGACAACCUAAAACAAAUAUACAAAGGAAAAAAGAAACUUAUGAUGCUCGUUCGAGAGAGGUUUGGCUAGCCGGAGUUGUUUUACUGGAGUCCACUUUUUCAAUUGUGUUGUUUCUAAGUUAAAAACAAACAACUUCAAAAUGGAAGAAAAAAACCAUGGAAAACAAACCACAAAAACAAUACGAACCACACCGGUAUUAUGUGUAUAGACUUUCACGCAAAAAAAAAAAGAAAACAGAAAAAAAAAUUGAACGUUGUCAUGUUGUGGAAGUUUGUGUGUUUUCCCCUUUAUUUGUGUGAAAGCGUGCAAGAGAAUUGGAAGUUAAGAGCGAAACGACCGUUUCGGUUUACACUGAGUACAUGUUGUCCAGUGGCGAAAGUCCACACAGCACUCCAAAUCUCUGUGUUAAACAUUCACAGCCUCAAAUGUGAAGAAAUAUGGCUUUAAACCAAACAACACCUCCAUACUAAGUGACAAGUACCUCGUACGGCUUCAGCUUUACUCCUUCCUGAACCAGUCACACAUUACCAGUGUACUAAAACAAAUUUUAGAGACGAAAAACAUCUUAAAGGGAUCAUUCGCGCAAAAAUGAAAAUAUGUCAUUUACACACUUUUGGCAUUUUCACGCCAAUUUGUUUCUUCCAUGGAAUUCAAAAGGAGAUAUUAGGCGGAAUGUCUAAGCUGCGCUUUUCCAUUUAAUGAAAGUGAAUGGGGACUUGGUGUCAAGCUACGAACUGACAAAAAAAAAAGCAUUAUAAAAUUGGUCAAAAUAGCAAAUAGAGACUCAAAUUGCAGCCUGUCCUUAAUACAAAGCUAUCGUAUGGCUUCAGAAGACUUUGAAUAUGGCACACAAAUCGGAUGUACUACUAUUGUCCUUUAUGGAGCUUGGUGUUAUAAACCACCAUCCACUUUCGUUGAAGGAAAAGAAAAAGCUUAAUCAUUCUGGCUUGCAUCUGCUUUUGUGUUUCAACAAAGACAGAAAACAAUAGCAGGUUGGAACAAGAUGAGGGCAAAUUAAUGAUGAAACUUUUUUUUCAUUUUUGGGUCAAAUAUUCCUUUAAUCAGUUUGAGACUUCUCCAUUUUGAUUUCCUUUUCAGUUUAACAGGCUAAAUGCGUGGCAUUGCCAGUGCUGUUAAGCCCAAAAGCAUGUCAUUCACACACACACAUAUACAUUCUUCAACCCCAUUGUGCUUGCGCUUGUGGAAUCUUAGCAACUGUCGACAUACAUUCUCAGGGAUUUUCUCUUUGACAAAAAAAGAUAGAGAAAAUGGUCUUGAAAAAUGAAAGAAUGAGAGCAUUUUAUUGUACUGUAUAUAUGAUAGUAUAUGUCUGAAUAUUGAAAAAAUGUAUACGUUGACUAAUUUAUAAAGAAUAUUCUAUGUAAUGCAAAAUACUUGAAGCUGCAGUACCUUGGUUUUAAAACAAAACAUAUCAGAGGGACUAAACGCAAGCCUCGGACUGUGUUCGGAAUGGAAUACAAGCUUACUUACGUACUGAUCCUGCAUACUAUUUUUUUUGAAACAGUAGGCAUUAUUUCACUUUAAACAUUUCAAAAUUGUCCAGUUAUAAUUUCUAUAAAGUGUAGAAAUGUCUUAACUUUUGGCGGUCACGUCAAAAUAAUGUGUCGAGACAAAAUUGUUGCCGAUAUUACUUAAAAUUCGUUUAUGCAUACUGCAAAUUUGCGUACUGUGUACAGUAUGCGUACUUUAUACUGCAGCAGUAGUAUGUAGUGUGCUAUUCCGAACAUAGCCACACUGUCGGGGCAGUUGAACCUGUGUGCUGGGUCUCUAUGCAGAGCCACUUGAGAUGUGCGAUCGAACCGGUCUGUAUUAAUAUGUAGAGUUGGUGGUUUGGACGAACACCCAGCGAACGAGAGCAGCAAGCCUUAGCAUUAAGAAUAGGGAAUGCAAGAAACGCAGGCCCACGUGCCUCAAAAAUGCCUAGAAAUGUAGAUCCAACCGUAUCAACGUUAAGGCAAACAUGCGGAGUGAUUGGCCCAAUUUCGCUUGUUUCUUUCCACAAUAAUCGAGUCACAACUACGCUUCAUUAAACGCACAAUGACAUGUACAUGCCUAUUCGCCGACAUCUAACUUUGUGCAGGACAGAAAGUUGCUGUGUAGAUCUGACUGUUCAAACGUUUUGUUUUAAUGCUUUUGUUGGUUCGUUCUUGGUUUUUUUUUUAUUUGUAAUUUUUCAUGUUUUUCAUUUUCUUUUUUUGUUGUUCCGUAGGAUUCCUCAAAUGAAAUGAAAACAGCCUUCUUUCUUGCCUUGUCUUAACGCUUUAAAAUAACCAAACUGGAGUUCUAACUACCAAACUUGUUCGUUAAAAAUGAAAGCCAACCGACUUUGGUUACAACUUCACUGUCUUUAAUUUUAGCUGAAUGGUUCUGUAUUCUGUGCUUUAAAAAGCAGUUUUCCUAUGUUUUUUUGUUUUUUGUUUUGUGCAAAAAUGUUGUCAAGUGCCCACACCCACCCACCCCCUUAGAGGUAUGUCUGUAGCUCUUUUUCUUUUUUUUUGUUUGUUUAGAAACCGAAAUGUAAUUUUCUCCAUUUUAUUUAUUAUGAAAGGUAAACGAUUGUACUUCUUCACCCGUGUUCAACAUGCUCAUGAAGUUGAAUUUAAGAUUUGAUACACCGAUAUCAAUUUAUUUAUGUAACUAAAUCACUGUUUUAUAAACUUGUUAAUGAUUCAACAUUUUUGUUUUAAUUAAAAUUAGUUUUUUGAG